ACAUUAACCAAUGAGGAGCUCGCUCAAUUUCAUGACACUUCGUGAUAUCGCUCGCGGAGAGGCUGAUAAGAUAAUACCACAACUUUAUCGGAAAGUGUUCGUACAGUGUCCUUUCUAAUUUUGAGGAAGAUGUGCUUUCUACGAGAUAUACCUGGAGUGUUAGUGAUAUUAUGUGUCCUAGUUUACGCGAGUCACGCACUCGGCGAGGUGAUAAACGGCCCUUGUGAUAUAUUCUUUCAAGAUGUCAACAAUCUCACGCUGAACUGUUCGAGGCGCAAUGUCGACAGAAUACCUAAUAACUGGCCCGAGGAGAUGAAAAAUGUUUCAAACCAAGAUGGGCACGUGUUGAUAACAUUUUUCAACAACAGCAUAACCAAUGUGACCGAACUUCCAUCGGUGCCGGGCAACAGGAUCGCUAUUAGUUUCAAAUCAAACAAAAUCAAUGAAAUCAAUGACGAUGCCUUUAAUAAUAUCCACCGGUUGGUGUACUUGGAUGUGAGCAAUAACCGCUUAUCUGGAGACGUACUUCGAAGCGAGAUCUUCCAAGGGCCAUACAAAGAUGGCGUGUACAAAAGCAUAGCGUUGGAGACGUUGAAUCUGGGCAACAACCAGAUUCACUCGCUGGACCGAUACUUGUUCCAGUACACACCGAACCUAACCCGCCUCUACUUGAACAACAACCCUAUUGAGAUACUCGAUCAUGUCACUGUACUAGCUCUAUCCAGUGCUACCAAGUUAGAGGUUCUAGAUUUGGCCAAAACCGACAUCGACAGCAUACCCCUAGACGCCUUCCGAGGCUUAGUGAACCUACGCCAGAUCGACCUUUCCGGGAACAAGUUCGCCACUGUGCCGGAAAGCUUGGGACUGGUCGGCUCAUCUCUGCAAUACCUGACCUUCAACAACAAUCCCAUUGUCGAACUCAACGAUGACAGUUUUAUAGGGUUAACAAAUCUCGUCGAGCUGGAGGUCGGCGAGAACAAUUAUCUCGAGGAAGUGAAACGCAGCACAUUCACGCCGCUAAAGAGCCUACGGGUCCUGCAUCUGUGCCACAACCGCAAUCUACGAUACAUUAGCCAUAACGCCUUCCGCGGCGUUAAAAACAAGUGGACUUUGAAAGAGGUGUACCUAGAUGACAACAAGCUGAGUGAGCUAUCAACAGAUUUGCUACCAUGGAACAAGUUAGAGGUCCUCGGAAUGACCGGGAACAAAUGGCUAUGCAACUGUGACUUGGCCAAUAUUGUCACUAAACAGGAAGCCGGCACUAAGUUCAAAACUGGGGAAAUACCAUAUUGUGCCGCACCAAUGAGAUUAACUGGAGCUUACAUCACAAACAUAACAGCAUCUUUCUGCCCAGCAUUUGACACUACAUUUGCAGCCAAGAAAGGUUUCACCAUAUCUGACUUAAGACCAAAACAUAUUAUGUGGAGCAUCUUAGGAGUAGCAGCAGUAGUUGGUAUCGGAUUGAUAUGCGGACUUCUAGUCAAUACAAUAAAGGCAGUGUACAACAAGAAUGCGAGGCCCCAGCCCAUUCGGUACUUCAAUAUCAAUGAUGAUACCAAUUUUGCAUAAUACAGCAGUAUUUAUCUUUUGUAUUAUUAUCAUUUAACUAAUAAAAGGUAUUCUAGUGAUUAUUAGUGUACUGGUGUAGAUAUUGUUCUAAUUGUAUGUUUAUAUUUAUGGAAAGAAAUAUAGUUUUUUUUAA